AGUGGUUCGAGGCAGUUGACGUUCUCACCAUUUUACUCCUUCGACCUUUAUCUUCCUCAACAGAAAUUUUCGUUGAAUGCAUGAAACCUGGCAGUCUACUAUCAAUAGCGAAACCAAGAAUCGACUCGCGGCUCUUGUAGGAGCUCGAUUAAUGCUAUUGUGAAUCUUAAUACGCCGACCGCUUCGUUGCUCUAUCGAGAUCUCCACAACGCACCUCUUUUUAUUUUUUUGUGGAAAGGAGGAGACGCACUUGCUUUUUCCCGUACCUGCCGUGUUGUUUCAUCACACGAUUAAAUGGACUCGCACGCCAAAAAAGUCGUCAGCGGUGCGGUGGUCACUGCUGCACUGCUGGGUGCGUUGAUGUACGCGGCGUAUCGCAGUCGCACCUCCGUGAAGUCUGUUCCCAAAGACGGUAGCAGUGUCCCUUUUGCAAAGGCAGCGAGCGGGAAGACGGAGCAGCACAAGCCUAAGCCCGUCAUGAGGCUUCCACCCGAGUCUACCAUCCCGCCGGGCGAGCGCGCCAAAGCGCUAGAGUUGCUUGACGCGCUAAAGCAGCAGGCGAAUCUUGCCUUUCAGGAAAGCCGCUACGAAGACGCCAUUAAGCGCUACCAGGACUGUCUCGAGGUCACCGCUGUGUUGGGCGCUCAUGACGCCGAGGCGGUGAAGAUCGACCAGGUGGUGCGUGCAAAUGUGAGCAUGACGUUUAUCCGCAUGCGCGACUACGACGCGGCGCGUUUCGUCGCAACGAUGCUGCUCCAAGACGCCGCCAUUGCCCUGCCGGAGGACCUCAAGGUCAAAGUGCUGUAUCGACGUGGGUUGGCGAGCAAGUCCCUGGGUGAUGCGGACGCGGCGCUGUCGGACUUCAAGGCGGCAUUGCACUUCUCGCCAGAUCACAGCAACCCUUCCAUCGCGAAGGAAAUCGCGCUCUUGGAAAGGGCACGUUAA